AUGCUUAAAUCCCUACUUGUUCCAUUCAUUACUCUGGCCGCUAUCGUCUCUGUUGGCAAAGUUGAGGCUAUAGAUCCUGUAGUUAACAUUGUUUCGCCUUUUCCUGAAAUGGAUAUCUCAUUGAGCUUCAAGAAUUCGACCAUGAAACUUGAUAUAGCAACUUCUUUGGAUUUCAGUAAAUUAGGGGGAACAGAAGUCGACUUUGUUAUUCCUGAAACCAUAUCUCCAGGUCUAUAUCAGGUCGAGUAUACCGAUCUAGAUCAUAAAGUUUCCUUUCCCAUCCCUGUUCAUAUUGUUGAGGCAGGUCAAGGAGCCAACCUAGCGGGUGGAAACGCUGCUGCCGCUAAUACUGCCUCUGCCACUAUAGCCUUCACUGUCACAACUGUCGGAAACACCGUUCCUAGUGAAGUCGCUUCAGUGAUAUCUUCUGCGAAAACUGUUGAAACUGCAUCUCCAGAACCUACCAACGCAGCUGACGCUAUCAUUGCCGCUGCCAAUGAAGCUGUGAAGAAAGGCCUCAAUUCAGCACCCGGUGUAUCUGUUACAAGUCUUACCGUCAAUGUGGCCAUUUUCUUCUCAAUGGUUCUUGCUUAUAUUCUCGCUUAA